GAGGCAGGGGGUUGGAGCUGAGCGGUGUAGAUGCCUUUAGCAUCUCCGCGCCUUGGAGGUUUACUCCGGAAUCUACUUGGCUUUCUUUCCCCCUCCUUAGUCCCUCCCUCCCUCACCUUCUCGCUUGGCUUCCUUGGCUAGCUAGCUCUGCGCACUUUGGCCUUUGCUGGCAGCGGAUAAAAGGGGUCUGAGGAAAUACUAAACACGGUCAUCCCAACGCCUGCUCUACCCUUUAAAUUCCCAGCCCGGGAGAUCUACGCACAGCCUGGUCGGGCUGAACACCCAUCCCGCGGGACAGGAGCGGAGGUUUCCGAGGGCAGUUCCACCAAUCGCCGGCACCAGCGGGCUCCGGAACCGAAGUCCACGCUCGGUCUCAGCGCUGGGAAAGUGAGGCCAGCAGCCGACAGCCACGAUGCCUGCCCACAUGCUCCAAGAGAUCUCCAGCUCCUAUACCACCACCACCACCAUCACAGCGCCUCCCUCCGGAAGCCUGCAGAAUGGACGAGAGAAGCAGAAGACGAUGCCUCUGUACCUGGAAGAAGACAUCCGUCCUGAAAUGAAAGAAGACAUACAUGACCCCAGCUACCAGGAUGAGGAGGGGCCCCCACCCAAGCUGGAGUACGUCUGGAGAAACAUCAUCCUCAUGGCCCUGCUGCACUUGGGGGCCCUGUAUGGGAUCACACUGGUUCCCUCCUGCAAGGUCUACACCUGGAUCUUCGGGGUUAUGUACUAUGUCAUCAGUGCCUUGGGCAUCACAGCAGGGGCUCAUCGCCUGUGGAGCCACCGAACUUACAAGGCUCGGCUGCCCCUGAGGGUCUUCCUCAUCAUUGCCAACACCAUGGCUUUCCAGAAUGAUGUGUAUGAAUGGGCCCGAGAUCACCGCGCCCACCACAAGUUCUCAGAAACACACGCUGACCCUCACAAUUCUCGACGUGGCUUUUUCUUCUCUCACGUGGGCUGGCUGCUCGUGCGCAAACACCCGGCUGUCAAAGAGAAGGGUGGAAAACUGGACAUGUCUGACCUCAAAGCUGAGAAGCUGGUCAUGUUCCAGAGGAGGUACUACAAGCCUGGCCUCCUGCUGAUGUGCUUCAUCCUGCCCACGCUGGUGCCCUGGUAUUACUGGGGUGAAACUUUCGUGAACAGCUUGUUUGUCAGCACCUUCCUGCGAUACACUUUGGUGCUCAAUGCCACCUGGCUGGUGAACAGUGCCGCCCACCUCUAUGGAUAUCGGCCCUACGACAAGAACAUUGAAUCUCGAGAGAAUAUCCUGGUUUCCCUGGGUGCCGUGGGCGAGGGCUUCCACAACUACCACCACGCCUUCCCCUACGACUACUCUGCCAGUGAGUACCGCUGGCACAUCAACUUCACCACAUUCUUCAUCGACUGCAUGGCUGCCCUGGGCCUGGCUUAUGACCGGAAGAAAGUGUCCAAGGCCGCUGUCUUGGCCAGGAUCAAAAGAACUGGAGAUGGGAGCCACAAGAGUAGCUGAAUUUGGGGCUCCUGAGUUCCUGUUCCAAGAGUGAUAUGGGCAGAGAUAUAAUAUUCUGUUGAUUAACUACAGGAUAAUGCUACCAGAAUGCUAAUGAUGCAUUUAACCUAUUCCAGUACAGUAUUCUUUUAAGAUGAGAAAGCUUUGAUCACAUUUUGAGGUAAUACACAUUUUAAUUAGCUAGGAUUAACCAUGCCACAAUAUAUAUACUUCUAAACAUAUACACAAUAAAUGCAUAUAUAACUUUACGCAUCCAUUUAAAUAAUAACAAUAAAUUUGAACUUUCUAUACAAAGAGUAUUAAAAGCCAUCAGACAUGCUGAUUUGAUGCUGAGGUGAUGAGCAGCGUGUUCAUUCCCUGUUUGUUUGCAUUGCAUUUUGCUAGGUUUCUUCUCUCUCUCUACCUCCCAGGCAAAUAGCUGGCCAACCACUGGUCUUGUGCACCUUCCAAAGCCUAGACAACCUGGUAUCUGAAAUUCUGCUCUCCUUCCUCCUAGAUCUUUAUUUCCUUGUUCUGAGCUUCGAGAUUGCUGCCUCACUAGAAACAUAACAAAAACCUUCCUGGAAGUUCCCUACCUGCUAAUGAACUCCAUUACAGCCUUUGCUAGAUAAGAUGGGAAAUUUUUCUUGAUUUCAUACAUAGCAAGUAGAUCAUCUGGAGACAAGAGUUAGCAUACAUGGUAUGGUUCAUAAGUAAGGCUGGGAGAGAGAUGGGAAAAGGUAACCAUAUCUAGUGGCCUACUUAGCAGAGACACUAGGCUCCUCUCUACAGCAUAUCAGACUAUACUCUGAACUGCAGAGCUUAGUGAGACUGGAAUAAUGAAAUCGGGGUCUGAGUGAAGGGAAGUGAUGCUCGGUCUGUGCUCAGAGGGGGAGGGCUACCUCUUAGCAACAUAAAGAUUUCUUCAUAGAAAAAGUCUUCACGUGAAGUGUGUCUAAAACUGAUAACUAAAUAGCUGACAGUGUUGAGGCUAUGGUAGAAAACUAUGUAGAUACAAACAAAAUCUUCGCUUGGAACAUAAAUAUUUCACUUGGAAAAACUGAAGGACAAGAGGAGUUGGCUUGGUUGCUGGUUUCUUUCAUGGCUGGACAGGCAGUGGAGAGGCUGAGGGUCGUCAUCUGUAGGUAGCUGCUAAGAGGUAGAUUUCUAAAUGAAGCCCUUGGGGAACACUGCCAGGGAUGUGGAAGUGGUAGUUCCAUCCAGUACUCUCAUUUUAUCCUCGGUUUGAGUAGAGAUGAGUUUCUCGUGGUGUUGAACCUUCCCUGCGUUCUUUGCUUUGUGGCCAUGCAGCCUGGGAGGCUAUUACCAGUUCUCUGUUCUUUGGCAUUUUCUUCUUUCCCUGGGCAGGCAGCAAGUUUCCUGAGUGUAUUCAGAACACUCAGGACUUGCUGCCCAGGCACAUUCCUCUCCACAGCCGCAAGCAAGCAGAGACAGGUGCCACUUUUCUGUGGCCUCCAGAUCCUCUCUACCUCUACCCCUAUGUGCCUCUGCCACAGUGAUUUCAGAAAAGCUUGGUAGGCCCUCUGGCUUGUGAGUUAACUGCUCAGCCAAACGCUCAUGUUGUCUCAGUGGGGCAACUGCUGCACGAGAUGGUUGGUUGUUGGUGUCUCUGUGUGAGUCAGAGGAGACGAACACACUUGCUUCUCCCUGCAGGUUGGCUCCGGCUGAUCAGUGUAGGCAGGUACAAUGCUUGUGAAAGGGUAAGGUUCCCCAUUUGUAUCCCUGUAAAAACACCAGAAGCAUGGGCAACCACCCAGGACCUCACUUCAGGAAGAGGUCCUGCUUCCUGAAGCCAAGGUGUGAUGCAAAACCUCAACUGAAAUGUGGUAACAAAGGUGCCAUGAGCUAACAAACAUCCCCUACCACACAGCCCAUGGCAGACAAUGGUACAGAAAAGUCUAGAAGAAAACCUCAGUAUUUUGGAUCCAUCAACCUCUCCUAUCCUGUAGCCUGACCCAGAAGCCUGGUUUGCUGUUAGGACUGUCUGUGUAUAGUACCAAAUGCUUUGUUCACUUGGGAUCAGAUCAGAGCCUUUCUUGUUAAUUGAACACAUGCUUUGAGCUGUCUGAAGUAGAAACUUGUGUAGAAAAUUGCUGUAGAUCUGCUCACCUAACCCUCUGGAAAUGCCUUUGGGUGGUUUGGUUUGGUUUGGUUUGGUUUGGUUUGGUUUUUUUGCCAGGUCAUCAGAUCCCUAAUUUAUAAUAACAUGAACAACAACAGAAAUCAGGCUUCUUUCUCUUCUAAUCUUAUUCCAUGGAUCUGAUUCAGGUCAUGUCACAACACAAGGCUACAUAGGGACCUCAGGCUGAGGUCCCAGUGCCUGUGGAUGUUUAGGUAGGAUGUAAUAGAAUGUUUAGGAAAGGGACUGGAUUUUUCAGAUCCUCUCAAAGGUGGAUUUCUAACAGUUCCCACAUAAUAUGCUAACAGCUUUGGCUGCCUUACCUUUCCUAAUCUUUAGUGCAUGUGAGCCUCACCUCUCCCUUAACCCUGAGACCCUGAAGGAGAGUGGUGUAAACAUAAGGCUGGCUGGAAGACCAUCACUGAGCUAUUGAAGAAAUCUUGUAUGGGCUUCAUUUUGGAAAACUUGUGCUGGAGCUGUUUUUAGUAGAGGCCCAAAUUUGAUAUGAAAUGAAAGUAAUCUGAGUGUAUUUGGUUGCAUUGGCAUCCUCAUUACUACUGUUAAACACGUGAUAAGGGCCGUGGCACUCAGGGAAGUUUUCUCCUUGGGUUGCUAGUUUAUGGAUGUAUUGUCUGAGAGUGUAGCUCAGGUGAGUGGGUGUGAAAGGUUAGCAAAGUAAAGCAGCCUCCUGCUGGUAGUUUAAGCCAAGGCCUCUCUUAGCCACCGACUUCCUACUUUAUAACAAACCCAUCCCAGAGAUAAGGUUUUUAAUGUCUUCCAACCCUCCUCUGCUAAGUACCUGAUGGUCUCACUUCCCAGAUAUCGUGAUGUGUCCAGCACAUCCACUCUGGAGGACACGCUGAAACUCACUCAGCAAUUCCUUCUGAUGAAAGGGGCUACCAAUACUCACCUACCUCAAAGGGCAGUUUUGAGGUGACUAGAGCUUUAUUAUUAAGUAUUUGGGGGUCCUUGGCAGAGAUUCUCAUACAGACUUCUAAAGAAGUAUACCAUGAGCUCACACAUCCAUGUGUUCUAGAUACUAUCUUUAGUUUACGUUGCUCUCCCCAGGGAUUGACAGAACUCACAGGGGAAGUGGGAUAUGACCAGUCAGAGAAAGAAUGCCUACUCACUGCCACAAAAAUGGUGCAGGAAACCCUUCCCUGAAUCAGAUUUCCUCCUUUUUAUGGCAGAUAAUUAUUUGUGACCCAAGCAUAAUUUUAGAUGAUUUCCAUUCAUAUAAACUCUUGAGUCUAAUUGUACUAAUUAGGAUUGUAUUUGUUUCUAAUAAAAGUGGAUCUGGCUAUAA